AUGCAGAAAUCCGACACGAUUGAUUAUAAGGCGCGUGGAGCCGGAUUGGUACGGUACUCCACUUGUAUUAAAACACCCAUAACGUUUAUUGGGUUCUGCGACACCUAUGAGUCAGCUCGCAAACGUGCAGCUGACUCAGAAUACUCAUCUACAGAGGAGCAGCUUGGGAGGGGUCUCAGAAAGAAGACUAGUGACUCGGUGUUUGCCCUCGAAGCAAUAAUCGAGGCUUUGACAAAACCGAAGGAAAGAGCAGAAAAGAGACUGAGAGACGAAUCUGAAGAGAUAGAGCCAAUAACAAAAAGGUGCUCUGUUCCGGAAUUAUCUGUGAAAGGUGGAGUAGACACCAGAAUAACUGGAGAGACUGGGCCAAUCACAACUCCUCAAAGCAAUAGGGAGAAGAAAAUGUUUGUGGGAGCAGCACAAAUUCAGGAGCUUGUUGGUGCUCCCAAAGAAAUAAUCUCUUUUAUGAUAAAUGCCUUUUCCACUCUUCAAGCUUCUGUUGAUCAUAUCUUAAAAAGAGUGAUCAUGAUAGAGGAGAAAAUCAGCGACCUAGGCAAGGCUUCGACUCAGGCAUCUUCCCUCAAAAAGAAAACAAAUAUAUUUGAUAAAAUUUUUCUUUUGAGGACUGUGGAAGAAGUCAAAGCCUUGGAAGAAAACCUAGGUGGAGAAAAAUCAGAAGAGUUUGAAAUUGAUCUGACCGAGUUUGUUAUCAGGAUUGUUGGACUUCAUCCCAAAGCUCAUAUAGGGAACACAUUAAGCAGAAUGUUUGCGGAUAAUCUAGCCAUGAAAUAUUCAUGGCUAGGUCGCAAGCAAAACUUGCCUAUGUAUAACAUCAAAAUGAUCGACAUAAUCAAAGGUGUAUUUGUGGCAAAAUACAGCUUGCCAGAAAGUGAAUUUGACAAAAUAACCAGUGAGUGGCUGCGGUUCGCCAGGCAGAGGCACGAGAGAGCUGUGAAAAAACUAAACCCAAUGAAUUUAAAUCAAGAAUAA